AUGCACGAUCUCACACGAGCAGAAACGAAUAACUUGACUAAACCAGCUACCAAUGAGAAACUUCAGACCGAGACUGAUAAUCCUCGAGACAGUCAACGUGCAGAAGGUCCAUAUUCUAUUUACAGUCAAAGAACAAAAAAAUUUCUUAUAAUAUCUGUCUCCUUCAUGGCCAUUAUUUCUCCACUUUCUUCAGCGGUCUAUUUGCCAGCCAUUCCCCUGAUUAGUCGCGACCUAAAUGUUUCACCAUCUUUGAUCAAUCUUACUAUCACGACUUAUCAGAUAUUUCAAGGCAUUGCGCCAUCUUUCAUUGGAACUUUUUCUGAUACUUACGGUCGUCGGCCUGCCUAUAUUAUCUGCGGCAUUAUAUAUCUGGCAGCCAACAUUGGACUGGCUCUCAAUAAUACCUACGUGGGUUUAUUGGUUCUUCGAUGCCUCCAAUCGUGUGGAAGCUCGGCUACUAUUGCUCUUGGCUCCGCCACUGUAGCCGACCUGGCCACCCGUGCGGAAAGAGGCAAAUUUAUCGGAUACGCUGGGAUGGGCGUGACUCUAGGCCCAGCUAUUGGCCCCGUUGUAGGUGGUCUAAUCUCAGAGAAUUUGGGCUGGAAAGCUCUAUUCUGGUUUCUUGCAAUUUUGUCCGGUGUGCUUUUCUUGUUGAUUUUCGUUUUUUUACCCGAGACAUGCCGUUCUGUUGUUGGUAAUGGCAGCAUUCCCAGCCCCUGGUGGAACAUGUCUCUUCUGGCUUAUAUUCAGCAUCGAAGGAAUCCAAUUGGAAGUAGUUUGGAAAAGCCGGCAGCCAGAAAGAAAAGACCUAAUCCAUUUGCUGCACUCAAGAUUCUUCUUCACAGAGAGUCUGGGAUGCUGCUUGGAUUUGGCUCGCUCAUGUAUGCUGGAUAUUUUUCCGUUCUCACAACACUCUCCAAUGAGCUUUCUGUUCGAUUUGGGUACAGUCCAGUCAUUAUUGGCCUUUGUUACCUUCCAAUAGGCGUAGGCAGCAUAAUUACCAGGUGGACAGUGGGGUAUUUGAUCGAUCGCAACUUCAAAAGGCAUGCUGAUAAAGCGGGUUACGAAUUUACGAUUAAUCGUCAGCAAGACAUGAGUAUGCUGAACGUGGAACGGGCCCGGUUAGAAGUAUCUUUACCUCUUAUCUACCUGGCCUGCGGCGUCGUAUUGGCCUACGGUUGGACUAUGGAGAGUAAAUCUUCCCUGGCUGGUAUCGAGAUAACCCUCUUUUUUAUUGGCAUGUUUUUCACCGGGGCUCUAAACGGCUUGAACGUGUUGGUAGUAGAUAUCAACUCAGAUACGCCUGCUACAGCUGUUGCAGCGAAUAACCUCUUCCGUUGCUUAAUAAGUGCCGGCGCGGUGGCCAUCGCCACUCCGAUGAUUAACAGAAUCGGCUUGGGUUGGAUGGGUGUGUUCAUUGCAGGGGUUUGGGUGAUAUUUAGCCCAUGCGUCUGGAUUAUAAUGCUAUUUGGGCAUAAGUGGCGAUCAGGCAGGAUACCUAUUUAA